AUGACGAGAGCGGACUUGACGGUUAAGAAAGGUCAUUCGAUUCCUGAUGUCCGCGUAUUACUUGUUGGCGAACCUGGCGUUGGCAAGACUUCUUUAAUUGUCGCGCUUCUUGAAGACGAAUUCCAUAGUAACGUUCCGUCACGGAUAAAUAAUGUUAUGAUUCCUGCAGAUGUUACUCCGGAAAAUAUUGUAACGUCCAUCCAUGAUUUUUGUGCUAAAGAGCAGAGUAAUGAAGAAUUAAACCAAGAAAUUUUGGAAGCAAAUGUCAUUUGUGUUGUCUAUGCUGUCGAUGAUCAAUCUUCGAUUGACAAGGUGACAACUUAUUGGCUACCUCUGGUACAGAAGCUCACAAGCAAUAACCCUACUUUCUGUCCUGUUAUUCUCGUCGGCAAUAAAGCAGACGAGCCAAGCUCCUCGAACCAGCUAGAAAAGGUUUUACCUAUCAUGAAUGAUUUUGAUGAGAUUGAAACGUGCGUCGAAUGUUCCGCUAGAACUAUGAGGAAUAUAAGUGAAAUAUUUUAUUACGCUCAGAAGGCUGUCCUUUAUCCAACUCGCCAACUUUACAUACCUGAAAGUAGGGAGCUGACAAGGAACUGCAAGAAAGCUUUGAUAAGAAUAUUUAAGUUGUGUGACUUUGACAAUGAUGGGUUGUUGAACGACAGUGAGCUGAACCAGUUUCAAGUUUUAGUAUUUGGUUUACCAAUGAAUCCGGCAGCUAUAGCUGAUGUGAAAACAGCAAUCAGUUCCCGUUGCGAUAAUGGAAUUAUUGAAGAUUCUGUCACACUAAGCGGAUUUAUAUAUCUUCACCAACUUUUUAUACAUUUGGGUAGACACGAGACGACGUGGAAAGUGUUGCGACGUUUUGGAUACAAUGACAAUUUGCAGCUAGCUCCCGAGUAUACCAGCCCUCCGUUUGUUGUUCCCAAGGGUUCCACUACAGAAUUAACUUAUGAAGGAUUACAGUUUGUUACAGCUUUGUUCGAGAAAUAUGACGAGGAUGCGGACGGCUGUUUGUCUCCGACAGAACUACAGAAUUUAUUCAGUGUUUGUCCGAAUAGUCCAUGGAACAAAGAAGCUAGCUACUCUGUUGAAACUAAUAACAAAGGUUGGAUGACGUACAAUGGGUAUAUAUGCUACUGGAUAAUGAAAACUUUUUUGGAUGUUGCUUAUUCAUUAGAAUUCCUGGCUUACCUUGGCUUCCAUAUGCGUCAUGAGGAUCAGCUUGAUGCAGUAAAAGUGACGCGUGAUAAGCGAGUUGAUUAUGCAGAGAAGUUUACUGCUAGAAGUGUAUUCCAAUGUCAUGUUGUAGGGCCCAAAAAUGCAGGGAAGACUGCUUUCAUCCAGUCAUUUAUCGGCCGGACGUUAGCUAAUGUGGCUACUAUCAACAAGAAACUUCUGAAUUCGUAUGUAAUUAACAGUACAAAAGUCAAGGAUGAAACAAAAUAUUUGUUGAAGUAUUUUUAUCGAACUAAGGUGCCUUGUGUAGUGAUUGCUACAAAAGUCGAGUGCUUUCAACCAGAACAAAACUAUGAACAACAGCCUGAUGACUUUUGUCAGGCACAUGGACUUCCGCAGCCGAUACGUUUUCGGAUGGAAGACAUUGGAAGAAGCGACAGUUUUGUUUAUUCCCAGCUAGCGACAAUGGCUGCUUAUCCGCACUUGAAACGGGUUUAUUUCCUUCAUGAUGCCGGUUUGAUGGCAAAAAUUACUUUUGGUGCAGCACUUGCGGCUUUGGCUGGGUUUUUGCUGUAUAAGAAUAUUUAA